AUGUUCUCAGUUGGACUUUUGUGGAGCCUAGUGGUUCUGGUGGUAUUUACCACUGCCACGCCCACUCCCGCCGAGGAGGGACGCAUUGUGGGCGGCGAGGUGACCACCAUUAGAGAAUUUCCCUAUCAAGUAUCCGUCCAGUUGCACGGAGAGCACAUCUGCGGUGGCGCCGUCAUCGGUGACCACUUUGUGCUAACGGCGGCCCAUUGCUUCGAGGUCCUUUUCCCCACCGAGGAUUACAGUGUGCGAGUGGGUUCCGGUGAGCAUGCGACUGGGGGUCACCUGCUCAGCCUCCGGCAGGUGAUCACCCACGGUGGCUAUAAUCCCCAGAGCCAUGACAACGACCUGGCGCUGCUCAUCCUGAAUGCCAGGCUCAAUUUCACCGAGCACCUGCAGCCAGUGCCACGGGCCACCUUAGUGGAGCCACCUACCAUGGACACCCGUCUGGUGGUCAGCGGUUGGGGACUGCAGGCGGAGGAGAGCGGAACGGGGAGUGCAGAAAUCGGGGGAGGAGUCUCGCCCACUCUCCGUUUCGUGGACGUGGAUCUGGUGGAAUCGGAUCAGUGCCGGAGAGCCUAUCGCCAGGUGUUGCCCAUUACCCAGCGGAUGAUCUGUGCCGCUCGUCCGGGUCGCGAUAGCUGUCAAGGCGACUCCGGUGGACCACUGGUGGGCAUUCCAGCGCAGGGAGGUCCUGCCCGGCUCUACGGCAUCGUAUCCUGGGGAUUGGGAUGCGCGAAUCCCAAAUAUCCGGGUGUCUACACGAAUGUGGCUGCCUUCCGCAACUGGAUCGAUGCUCAAGUGGGAGCCUGGGGUUGGAAUGGACUCUUGGCAGCAUGGAGUGGAGUCCAAUAA